CCCUUCUCAAUACCUUCCGACUUUUCAUGAAAGAAGGUCGUUAGUGGAUUUAGUUUUUCUCAUCUUUCUCUUGAAAGUAGAUACUUGCAUGAAAACCAUCUUGGUUAAAAUUAAAAUUAAAUAAUAUACGAUGUCACUCAACUGGAGUAUUUUACAAGGGUUGUUUUACCCUUUGAGUUUUAUAUUAAUUUGCCUUGCUUUGUACCAUUACUGGCAACAGUCUACGAGAUACGUGAGACUGGGACGAAAAUUGCCAGGGCCGAAACCCAUUCCGUUAUUCGGAAAUGCUUUAGAAGCCCUCUUAAUGAAACCCGAUGAUAUUGCCGAAUACGUUUUGAAUAAAUCAAAAACUGAUUUUAAGAAUAACACUAUUGUGGGAAUAUGGCUGGGUUAUAAGUUGUACGUUGGUAUAAUUAAUCCCGAAGAUGUAGAGAUUAUUUUAGGAAGUCAAACACAUAUCCAGAAAUCUGAAGAGUACAGGUAUUUUAAACCGUGGUUAGGUGAUGGACUGCUUAUUAGUAGAGGUGAAAAAUGGAAAAACCAUCGAAAAAUAAUCGCUCCAACAUUUCAUAUACACAUUUUAAAAACGUUCAUUAAUUCGCUUAAUAAUAAUGGUAGCAGCUUGGUAAAGCGAUUAGAAAAUGAAAUCAGUAAUAAUUUUGACAUUCACGAUUAUAUGAGUAGAGUAACAGUAGACACAUUGCUUGAAACCGUAAUGGGCAUUGAGAAACCUAAAAAUGAAACCACGAGCUUUGAUUACGCCAAUGCUGUCUUAAAACUCUGCACUAUAAUUCAUAAUAGACACUACAAAUAUUGGUUACAAAAUGAUUUUAUUUUCAAAUUGACCUCUUUGGCUGGAGCGCAGACUCAUUUAAUAAACGUCAUCCACAGUCUAAGGAAUAAGAUUGUAAAAUUCAAAACGGAAGGUGUAUCAUUAAAAUUAAAUACCGGAGAAUCAAACUCUCUACCGAUUUCAAUUAGUGACAACGGCCUUAAUGAUCAAGGAUCGAACAAAAAUUUUUACAGUUUCGGAAGUGCAGUUAGAGACGAUUUAGAUGAAGCUGAUGAAAUAGGUGAAAAGAAAAGACGACCAUUUCUUGAAGAGCUAAUUGAAACAAAAUUGACAAACACAGGAUCAUUUACUGACGAAGAAAUUAAUGAAGAAGUUGAUACAAUUUUGUUCGAGGGCCAUGAUACAACUGCUGCUGCAAUGAGUUUUGUCUUGUCUCUUCUUGGAAUUCAUCAAGCUAUUCAGGAGAAGGUAUUUCAAGAAUUAAAUGCAAUUUUUUAUGACUCUGAACGAUCUGCCACGUUCGAAGACACAGUACAAAUGAAAUAUCUAGAAAGAGUUAUUUUGGAAAGUCUUCGACUAUACCCUCCCGUGCCCAUGAUUGCUAGAAAAUUAACAGAGGAUGUUUGUUUAGCAUCAGAACGGUAUGUGCUACCAAAAGGCACCACAGUAGUUAUCGGUACUUAUUUAUUGCAUCGCAGACCUGAACUGUAUGAAAAUCCAGAUGUCUUUGAUCCCGAUAAUUUCCUUGCAGAAAAAUGCGUUGGACGCCAUCAUUACAGUUAUAUUCCGUUUAGUGCUGGACCAAGGAGUUGUGUGGGGAGAAAAUAUGCAAUGCUUAAAAUGAAAAUUAUACUAUCGUCUAUUUUGCGUAAAUACAAGGUAUAUUCGGACAUAUCAGAAAAAGCUUUUCGAUUGCAGGGCGAUAUAAUUUUGAAACGAGCAGACGGAUUCAAAAUAAGGAUUGAAAACAGAUUAAGCUAGAAUAUUGGCAACAUGUGAUAUCUUGUCGUUAGUUAAAAUGAUCACUGUAUAACAAUAAAAAAAUACCAAUCUUUA